AAAUCCUAUGAACCAUUAAUAACAGUGUUGAGAUUCUUUGUGACUUGAUUUAAUCCAUUGGAGAAGAUCUGUGAUCUGAAGCUACGAUCUGCUGCUCUGGAUUUUGAAUCUAAGAGUAUAGGAAAUGGCCUUGGUUACAACUGCUGAAGUUUGUGAUGCAAACCCUCAACUCAUUGUAAGUGGUGAACUUCGUGCACUCCAACCAGUUUUCCAGAUAUACGGCAGGCGCCAAGUAUUCUCAGGUCCAGUUGUCACCCUCAAAGUUUUUGAAGACAAUGUUUUAAUCCGGGGAUUUCUUGAGGAGAAGGGUAACGGACGAGUCCUUGUGGUUGAUGGUGGUGGAAGCUUGAGGUGUGCAAUACUGGGCGGCAAUCCUGUGGUGCAAGCUCAGAACAACGGAUGGGCUGGUAUUGUGGUCAAUGGUUGUGUAAGAGACGUCGACGAAAUCAACAGUUGUGACAUUGGGGUGAGAGCGCUUGCUUCUCAUCCGGUGAAAGCUAAUAAGAAGGGUGUUGGGGAGAAACAUGUUCCUGUUGCAUUUGCUGGGACUAGAAUCUGGGAUGGGGAAUACCUUUAUGCGGACACGGAUGGGAUUUUGAUCUCUAAAACGGAGUUGUCUGUCUAAGCAUCAUCCGUUAACUUGGUAAUCUGUAAUAGUUGUUUAUUUUUGAACAUUUCUCCUAUAUCAUCCUUAAUUAUUGAACUCACAUGCCAAUCAAUAUAUCUGUACUAAGCUCUUGACUUCUGUGAGUACUUAAAAGUAAGCUAAUGUUCUGUCUGUCA